AUGAAUAUGAUGCGUCGGCUUAAGAGCAUUGCUUCUGGAAGGACUUCGAUUUCUUCUGACCCUGGUGGAGAUCUCGGAACUAAGCGAGCUAAAGUUGAUCAAGAAACUGAACAAAAGAUCGAUGGGGUUUCGGAUGAUGUCGGAAGAGUUGCCACUGGUUUAGAGUCGAAUUUGGCUUCAACUUCUUUGGAUAAUGCUGCAAGCACAUCAAACAUUUCAUCAACAGCUGGUGUAGAGAAAUCUAACAAUUCUUCAAAGGCUAGAGCAGAGAAAUCUGGUUUUGAUAGUCUUCCAAGAGAAAUGCGUGAAAUGAGAAUUGUAGAUGAGAAAUCCAACCAUGAUGAAAAGGAUUUGGAACCUUCUAUCGUGAACGGCAAUGGAACCGAAGCUGGUCAGGUAAUCGCUACAACUGUAGGUGGUCGAAAUGGAAGACCAAAGCAGACAAUCUCCUAUAUGGCAGAGCGAGUGGUCGGUACAGGUUCUUUUGGUGUUGUCUUUCAGGCCAAGUGUUUGGAAACAAAUGAAGCUGUAGCAAUCAAGAAGGUGCUGCAAGAUAAGAGAUAUAAGAACAGGGAACUCCAGAUUAUGCGCAUACUCGAACAUCCUAACGUCGUUCAACUAAAGCAUUGUUUCUUUUCCACUACUGACAAAGAGGAGCUGUACCUCAACCUUGUCCUGGAGUAUAUAUCUGAAACUGUUUACAAGGUUUCUAAGCAUUAUAGCAGGAUGCACAGGAGUAUGCCCAUUAUUUAUGUUCAGCUUUAUACGUAUCAGAUUUGCCGGGCACUAAAUUACUUGCAUCAUGUGGUAGGGGUAUGUCACCGUGAUAUUAAGCCACAGAAUCUAUUGGUUAAUCCUCACACUCAUCAACUAAAGAUAUGUGAUUUUGGGAGUGCAAAGAUGUUGAUGCCCGGGGAGCCUAACAUAUCGUAUAUUUGUUCACGGUAUUAUAGGGCCCCAGAACUCAUAUUUGGGGCAACAGAGUAUACAAAUGCCAUAGAUAUGUGGUCCGUAGGUUGUGUGAUGGCUGAGCUUCUUUUAGGACAGCCUCUUUUUCCUGGUGAAAGUGGUGUCGAUCAAUUGGUCGAGAUCAUCAAGAUUUUGGGAACCCCAACCAGAGAGGAAAUCAAGUGCAUGAACCCGAACUAUACAGAAUUCAAAUUUCCUCAGAUUAAAGCACACCCGUGGCAUAAGAUAUUUCACAUGAGAAUGCCUGCUGAAGCCAUCGACCUUGUGUCGAGAUUGCUCCAGUAUUCGCCCAACCUACGUUUCACCGCGUUGGAGGCUUGUGCACACCCGUUCUUCGACGAUUUAAGAGAUCCGAAUGCCUGUUUACCUAACGGUCACUCGCUACCGCCAUUGUUCAAUUUCACAGCACAAGAACUUGCUGGUGCAUCGGCUGAAUUGCGCCAUCGCCUCAUACCCGAACACAUGAGAAAUUAAAUUAACACGAACAUGGGGAUACUGUUGAUCUUUGGCCAAAACCAACCCCAGAAGAUCAUCCAUCCGUAGUAGAUCUGUCUCCACUGUCAUCAACAACCUGCUCGUAACACGGAGAGAAGCGAAGGGUACCCGCACCGGGCAAAGGGAGGCAGCCGUGUGCUGGUCUUAAGUACUAAUGUGAAUACUCAGCUUCAUGGCAGGUGUUAUUCUUGACAGUGUAUGAGUAUCAUCUACAUUCGGAUGAAUAGUGCUUCUUGGAUGUAUGUAUACUAUUCAUUAUGAGUUUUGCUUUAGCAGAGAGAAUCAGACAAACCCCCAUUCAAUUUCU